CCAAAAAAGAGUACGAAAAUAAAAGAGAAGCCGAGGUUGAAGAGCACAAGACGCAAAGAACAAAAACCAUGAAAAAAAUCAAUGGAAAAUUGAAAAUUUGAAGGAGGAGGAGAUCGAAGCGUCGAUCGAUGGGGAACAAAAUCGCUCGAACGACUCAAGUCUCAGCAUCGGAGUACUACCUCCACGAUCUCCCCUCCUCCUACAAUCUCGUCCUCAUCGAAGUCCUCGGCCGCGGCCGCUUCUUUAAAUCGAUCCUCUGCAAGCACGACGAGGGCCUCGUCCUCGUCAAGGUCUACUUCAAGCGCGGCGAUCCUCUCGAUCUCAAGGAGUAUGAGAGGAAAUUGGCGAAGAUUAGGCAGAUUUUUCACACGAUUCAGCAUCCGCACGUCUGGCCGUUUCAGUUUUGGUUGGAGACUGAUAAGGCGGCAUAUCUCUUGAGGCAAUACUUCUUCAGCAAUCUUCAUGAUCGGCUAAGCACACGGCCCUUCCUCAGUCUCAUUGAAAAAAAAUGGCUGGCGUUUCAGUUACUCUGUGCGGUGAAGCAGAGCCAUGACAAGGAUGUUUGCCAUGGUGACAUCAAGUGUGAGAAUGUUCUUGUCACCUCUUGGAAUUGGCUGUACCUCGUGGACUUUGCUUCCUUUAAGCCAACCUACAUACCAGAUGACGACCCUUCUGAUUUCUCGUUCUUCUUUGAUACUGGAGGGAGGAGGCGUUGUUAUCUUGCACCAGAGCGAUUUUAUGAUCAUGGAGGUGACACUCAGAUUUCACAAGAUGCACCUUUGAAGAAAUCUAUGGACAUCUUUUCUCUUGGGUGUGUUAUUGCUGAACUUUUCCUCGAGGGGCAACCACUUUUUGAGUUAUCUCAACUCCUUGCUUAUCGCAGAGGGCAAUAUGACCCUACUCAAUACCUUGAAAAGAUACAAGAUACCGGAAUACAGAAGAUGAUACUUCAUAUGAUUCAGUUGGACCCUGAAUCGAGGCUGUCAUGUGAAAGCUAUUUGCAAAAUUAUACAUCUGUUGUAUUUCCAAGCUAUUUCUCACCAUUCCUGCACAAAUUCUUCUCCUGCCUAAUCCCUCUUGACUCUGAUACAAGGGUUGCAGUGACACAGAGUGCUUUCCGUGAGAUACACAAUCAGAUGAUGAACAGUAGAUCAAGUGAGGAGGAUGUUUUACCUGGGUCAUCACCAGAUGUCGGCCUCAUGAAUAGUCAAUCUGUCCUAGACAGGGAAAAUGGGAGACAUAACAUGAGUUCGGCUGGGGACUCUGCGAGAGAUAAAGACCACCUAAAUAGAAGCAAAGUUCGUGGAGAAGUUCAGCUUGUUGGAGAUAUUACUUCUCUUGUGAGAGAAGUAGAACAAAGGGAACGUUGUUCGCAUACAAAAACCUUUCCUGACAAAGUGCCAAAUGCUUCUUUCUAUCAUCACAGUGGAAAAUCUCUGUCAAGUCUACAAUCUUCAAAUGAUCUGAAGGAAUACAAGGAGAAAGAAAUGCCCCUUUUCAGGAAAAUAUUGAAAAGUGAUCUCAAUUCUUUGAUGGCAGGACACAAUAGUCGCUCAGAUACUUACGGGAUACCCCAUUCCCCAGGUACAGAAUGUAAACGGAGUUGUGAAGGUAUGGUGCUGAUUGCCUCACUCCUUUGCUCAUGCAUAAGAAGUGUCAAGCAGCCACAGUUGAGAAGGGCAGGUGUGCUUCUACUAAAAUCCUCUUCCUUAUACAUUGAUGAUGAAGAUCGUUUGCAGCACGUGCUUCCAUAUGUUAUAGCAAUGCUUUCCGAUCCAGCUGCAAUUGUGCGUGCUGCUGCCUUGGAAACGUUGUGUGAUAUUUUGGCUUUGGUCCAAGAUUUCCCUCCUAGUGACGCCAAAAUAUUUCCUGAAUACAUACUUCCAAUGCUAUCAAUGCUUCCAGAUGAUCCAGAGGAAAGCGUCAGGAUAUGUUAUGCUAGCAACAUUUUCAAGAUUGCUCUGACAGCUUAUAGGUUUUUACUUCGCGCACAGAGCUUAACUGAAGCAGGGACCUUUGAUAAACUAAGUGUUCAUCAGAAGCCACCAUCUCCUACCGCAGAAUCGACAGGAAAGAAGAAUAGUGAGAGCAGUGAUUAUCAGCUUGCUCGGCUGAGGAAAUCCAUAGCUGAAGUUGUGCAAGAGCUAGUUAUGGGUCCAAAACAAACUCCAAAUAUCAGAAGGGCACUUCUGCAGGAUAUUGGUCAUUUGUGUUAUUUCUUUGGUCAGAGGCAAAGUAAUGACUUCUUGCUGCCUAUCCUUCCAGCAUUUCUUAAUGAUCGGGAUGAGCAGCUACGAGCAGUUUUCUAUGAGCAGAUUGUUUAUGUGUGCUAUUUUGUUGGUCAAAGAAGUGUUGAGGAAUAUCUAUUGCCCUAUAUUGAGCAGGCUCUAAGUGAUGAUAUGGAGGCUGUUAUUGUUAAUGCAUUGGAAUGCUUGUCCAUGUUAUGCAAAAGUGGUUUCUUGAGAAAAAGAAUACUUCUUGACAUGAUUGAACGAUCAUUUCCCUUGUUAUGUUAUCCAAUCCAGUGGGUGAGAAGGGCCAUUGUGAAUUUUAUUGCAGCAAGUAGCGAGAGCUUGGGACCUGUAGAUUCUUAUGUUUAUCUGUCUCCAGUUUUACGCCCUUUUCUUCUCAGAGCCCCAGAUUCACCGUCUUCGGAGAUUUCUCUCUUGUCAUGUCUCAAGCCGCCGGUCUCAAAAUUGGUAUUCUACCAAGUUUUGGAAAAUGCCAAGAGUUCUGACAUGUUGGAAAGACAAAGAAAGAUAUGGUAUAACUCGUCUGCAAACACUAAUCAGUGGGAAUCAGUUGAGCAUACAAGAAGAGUCCCUGGAGGAGAUCUGAAUCCCAUGAAGAGUCCUGGGAGUAAAGAAUCAAAUGUACAAAAUGGUAAAUAUGCUGGUGGUGCGGUGCUGAAAGCAUCUUCACAGGAUACCGAGGAUGUUUCUAAGUUAAGAAUGGGAAAUUCUUUAAAAUCUGCAAAUCCAGGGAGUAUUAAGGAUUCUUUUGCAUCUGAUAAGCUGCAAUUUUCUGGAUUUAUUUCGCCACAAGUCAGUGCAGGAAACAGUUUCCUUUUUGAUGGACCAUCAGAAGACAUACCCUUGUACUCCGUUAGCAUGGAUAAGCAUGCAGCAGGAGCACUCUCUCCUGGUCCUGAUUCCUCAUUGCAUUGGAAUUCUUUAGGAGUUGAUAUUUCAAACAUGCCUUGGUUCGACCCUGGUAAUAAAUCACUGGAAUCUAGUUCAAUGCCACCCAAGCUUGUUUCAGGUUCCUUCUACGACAUCAGCAAUAACUCUAAGCGGAUUCCAAGAUCAUCCCAAGACUCAGAAACCAAGGAGAAUACUUCUCAAUCUUGUUGUAUCAGCAGUAGGUUUCAGAAUGUAAAUGUUUCUGACACAAUGAAAGGAAGUUCAUCCAUUACUGGUGAAGAUGAUUCACAGUCCGAGCUAACUGGUUUGACUUCCUUUUCAAGAGCACCAUCAGUUCCUGAUAGCGGGUGGAAACCUCAUGGGGUUCUUGUGGCACAUCUCCAAGAACAUCGCUCUGCUGUGAAUGAUUUAGCCAUAUCAAAUGACCAUACCUUUUUCGUAAGUGCAUCAGAUGACUCUUCUGUCAAGAUUUGGGAUACAAGAAAGUUGGAAAAGGACAUUUCCUUUAGAUCUAGAUUGACUUACCACCUUGAUGGCAGUCGAGCUUUAUGCGCUUCAAUGCUUAGGGGUACUGCACAGGUCGCGGUUGGUGCAAGUGAUGGAGCACUUCACUUGUUUUCAGUUGAUUAUAUAUCAAGAGGGUUGGGCAGCGUAGUUGAAAAAUAUUCAGGUAUUGCUGAUAUUAAGAAGAAAGAUGUUGGAGAAGGUGCGAUACUUAGCCUUUUGAACUGCUCUUCUUUUGAUAGUUUUGUCAGCCAGACAUUAUUAUAUAGCACUCUUCGUUUCGGAAUCCAUCUCUGGGACAUGAGAUCGAAUUCUGCAUCCUGGGAUUUUAUAGUGACACCUGAGGAUGGAUACAUCUCUUCUUUAGUAAUGGGUCAAUGUGGAAAUUGGUUCGUGUCUGGGUCGUCGAGAGGUGUGCUAACACUUUGGGAUCUGAGGUUUCUCUUACCUGUCAACUCAUGGAAGUAUUCCACUGUUUGCCCUGUGGAGAAGAUGUGUUUGUUUAUACCACCUGCUAAUGCUAUCUCUGCAAUGGCAAGACCACUUGUUUAUGUUGCUGCCGGCUGCAAUGAAGUUUCCCUCUGGAAUGCAGAGAGCGGAAGCUGUCACCAGGUAUUCAGAGUAGCUAGCGGUGAGAAUGAUGCUGAAAUUUCCACUAUUCCUCUUGCACUAGCAAGGCCUUCUAGCAAGACAAAUCCUAACAAAGAUAUGAAACAAAGUACCAAUUCCAGAUAUAGGAUAAAUGAGUUGAAUGAACCAACACCUCGACUUCCAGGCAUCCGUUCAUUGCUACCUUUGCCUGGGGGAGACCUAUUGACUGGGGGAACAGACUUGAAGAUACGCUAUUGGGAUCAUACCUGUCCAGAUCGGUGUUACUCUGUUUGUGGACCAUCGAUGAAGGGUGUUGGAAAUGAUGAGUACUAUGAUAUAAGAUCUAGUUCUGGGGUGCAAGUUGUGCAGGAGUUGAGCAAGCGACCUAUGGCAGCCAAGUUAAACCAGAAAGCUCUUCUUGCCGUGGCCUCUAAAGAUACAGCAGGGUGCCACCGUGAUUCCAUUCUCUCGCUUGCUUCUGUAAAGCUAAACCAAAGGCUAUUGAUAUCUAGCAGCAGAGAUGGUUCCAUCAAAGUUUGGAAGUAGGAAGCUUUAUGCAAAGCUCUAUGUACAUAUAUGUAACUCAUUUAGUUAUAUCAUAUCAAACGAAUAUAUUGUAUUUAUCAUUGUAAAGACUGGCUGAUUAAUAUAUUAGCAGAGUGUAUGAAUUUUCUUUUUUCCUUUAUAAUACAUUCAUGUUUACCCUGGAGGAGAGAAGUGUGUGUAAAUAUCUAAAUCUCGCAGGUAUGGAAGCUAGAGUUGUCACCAAUUAGCAUGACAUUUUCUUUUCU